AUGCGUGCAUUUGUUAAAGCCAAAGUUGACUUCUUCUCUUCAGAGAGAAAAGAAGAUUAUGUCCACUCUUUGCCAGAGUUGAUUGACUUUAAUGCCGUCCAUAAUCCCGACCACCUAUUUUGCAUUCAGGCUCGGUCAAAUGAACCGUUCAUCAACGUCACUAAUGCACAAUUCAAGGUUGCAGUUGACCAGUGCGCUCAAUGGAUUGCAGACAACGUCAAAUUGCCGACCGUUGCAACUAAGAAUGGUCUGGUUGACAGACCGCCGGUCGCUUUGCUCAUGGAAAGUGACUUUGGCCUGAUAGUGCAUCAGUUUGCUCUUGUGUCCAUGGGUAUUCCCCCGCUCGUCCUUUCCGCACGCCUCAGUCCUGAGGCUAUCUUCCAUCUCCUAAAAAGCACCGAAGCGUCUUCCCUUAUCAUCUCACAGAGAAUUGCACAGGCCACCAAGGGAGCCUUUGGGAGUGUCAAACUCAUCGAUAUUCAUGUCGGUCAGCCAUACAGCUCCUUUUAUGACGUGGCUGAAGACAAGAGGAUCAAGAGAGACUCUGCUUAUCCAGACAAUGUUGAUGCCAACAUUCUGCUGUUGCAUUCGUCUGGUACCACUGGUCUUCCAAAGCCAAUUGCUCUCACUCACCGACAGCUAGUGUUCUCCGUUAGUCAUGGUGAUUUCGACACAGAAGAAGAGGCGCAGGGAAUUGUCAUCUCUACCCUUCCUCUUUUCCAUGGAUUCGGUCUACUUGCUCCUGGGCUUUCCAUGUCGAUUGGGAAGACUGUGUGCUUCCCAGCAUCUGAUCGUAUUCCCGAUGCUCAAUCGAUUGUAGACCUAGUCAACACUUCUGGCGCAACAGGCAUGAUGACAGUACCUUUUCUUCUUGAGGACAUGGCUACACUCCCGAAUGAGGUGGGUUUGAAGACUCUGGCUAAAUUGAAUUUUGUCGGAACGGGAGGCAGUGCUCUUAGUGCCGCGUUUGGAGCCUCUGCUGCAGCUGCAGGAAUUCGACUCCUAAAUUUGUAUGGAACGACAGAGACAGGUCCCCUCACGAAGACAUUUGCGCCUAAGGAUGGAUACGACUGGAAGUAUUUCAGAUUACGAAAAGACAUGCUAUUCAAGGUUUCAGAGUUGGAUCCCCACGAAGGCGAACGACGGUUCAGGCUGACAGUGUUCCCCUUUGGCGCUGAGAAGCCAUUCGAGAUUGCCGAUCAACUGGUUCGGAACGAAGCAUUCCCCGAAACUGACUUUGCUGCAGUUGGCCGCGACGACGACGUGGUGGUUCUUGCGAACGGUGAAAAGGUCAACCCUCUACUCCUGGAGACUGCAUUGACGGAAUCCGGACUGGUCAAGUCGGCCAUUGCCUUUGGAGAGAACCAAUUCGAGAUCGGCGUGAUUGUAGAGCCUACAGAUCCCAUUGCUGAUGAUCAGACAGAGGAGUUUAAGAACAAGAUAUGGCCCAUUAUUGUCCAGGCGGGCGAGCGGAUGGAUGCCACCGCUAGAAUUUACUCCCCUAUCGCCAUCAUUGUAUUAUCAUCCAGCGUCGUGGUUCCUAGAACAGACAAAGGAUCCAUUGCGCGCAAAGAGGUUUUCAAGCUGCUCGAGGCAGACAUUACCCAAGUUUACAAAGACUUGGACAAUGGCGCUAUUGAUGUACCACCGCUCAAUUACGCAAAUCUAGAGCAAGAACUGAAAGAGCUGAUUCAGAAAAGGCUCAAGCUACGGGUGUUGCCGGAUGCUUGGACGAUCGACGACAAUAUCUUUACUCUGGGUCUAGAUUCUCUGCAGGCUACAACACUGCGACGAAUUCUUCUAUCCGCGGCUACAGAAACGUCGCCCGAUGUUAUUAGAAGGGAUUUCGUCUAUGUCAACUACUCUGUGAGGCUCAUGGCAGAUGCACUUCGACAGAAUGCUUCGUCGAGCACGAGUGGAGCUACCUUUGCCAAAGAGGUGGAAAGCUUUACCCAACGUUACUCCGUCAAAUCUCUCAGAACUCCAGAGGCAGCCAAUCCUGAUGGCACCGCCAAGCUUGUUGAGGGAGCAGUUGUGCUAUUGACAGGCAGUUCAGGCAGCCUAGGAUCCUAUGCGUUGGCAGAGCUAGCAAAGUCGCCUCAAGUUGCCAAGGUUGUCUGUCUACUGAGGAAACGCCCCGGCAGCGUAAUCAGCCCAGUUCCUGGAGGAUCUAAGAUUGACAAGGCUUUUCUUGUUUCCAAGGGUGUAGAAUUAACCGAUGCAGAGUGGGCAAAGAUUACAGCCUUGGAAAUCGACCCGACCGCAGACAACUUAGGGCUUCCACCUAUGGUUUACGCCAUGGUCUCGAAAACGGUCACUCAUGUGUUGCACGCGGCGUGGCCGAUGAACUUCCACAUGCGACUGCCAUCGUUCGACUAUCAGUUUGCCUACUUGAAGAAUCUCUUGCAGCUGUCUGUUGAGGCGCCGCAAAAGGUCCGAUUUUUAUUCAUAUCGUCGAUUUCUGUCCUUGCAAAACUGGGCCUGGAUGAUCCAGGAUACAGCAUCCCUGAAACUCCCCUGAACGUGGAAAGCGCCGCUUGUGGCGUUGGAUACGCCGAUGCAAAGCUAGUCUGUGAAAAGAUGCUGGAAGAAGCAUCGCUACUCUACAGCGAUGCGUUAGAGACAUGGGGCGAGAUCUUGGAAAUUGUCCGAGCCGAGCUUGGGAUAACAAAGUCACUUCCAUAUGAUGACUGGCUGGAGCAAGUGGCGGCUACCGACGAUAAAGACGCCGAUGUCUAUCCCGUCAAAAAGCUUUACGAGUUCUUCAAGCUCUAUUUCAUAACUGCCUCUUCGGGUACGGUUGUUAUGGCAACAGACGUUAGCCGCCAGGGCUCAGCAACUCUUCGCCAACUCACAGCCUUAGACAGGGAUGUCAUCUCUGGAUAUGUGCGGUACUGGAAGAAAGCAGGCUACCUGGAUUAG